AUGUCAUUCGGUCGGCCACCCACAUUCUCGGACUUCAAAGUGUCUCCGCCCGAACGCGGCUCGUUCCCACUCGACCAUGAAGGCGAGUGCAAGUCGGUCAUGCAGGAGUACAUGGCGUGCAUCAAGGCGCACCGCAACGAUAACGGCAAGUGUCGCCAUCUCAGCAAAGCCUAUCUCCAGUGCAGGAUGGACAAGGGGUUGAUGGAUCGAGACGAUAUGGAUAAUUUGGGCUUCAAAGGCGUUGGUUCCGAUGCAAAGGAUGCGGCGAAUGCAUCACCAGCGGACGCAAACAGAGCAGUGGCAGAUGCAAAGAGCACGACGAGCAAACAGGCCAGCGGUGCAGACGACGCCCCGAGAUCAGCAGGCAAUCGGCUCGUGUAA